GCCUUCGCAGGCUAGCUCCUAGCAAGGAGUCCUCAUUUUCUCUGUGACAUCAGCUUGUUGCUGUGGGAAUGGCUGGUAUUUCAUAAUGGAUAAUCUACUAGUACGGAGAAGGUGAAGCAGAGAAAGAAGAACGAAGAUAUUUCACCAGAAAGGCAUUUUCUAUGCAGAAUUGAUCAUCCACUGGCAAGUGCCUGUCCAUGUGCUGUCUGAAACCUGGCAAAUAGACGGUCAACAGCCAUGCCACGUUCUCGCAGCUAAUAGUUCUCACCAUGCCCCUCCACAGCAAAACCCCUGGAAUAACUUUGUUGCAUCAGAUUCAAGCUUCAGAAUUGGAGACAAUAAGCAGACCACCACUGAAGUUACCACUUGAGAGACCCCUCGGUGAGAUGUAUGUGGAGAGCAAUAGGACAGGGAUUUUUAACUACCCAGAGGGCACUUCUUAUGACUUUACUGCUGCUACUGCACCGGUUUACAGUUCUGCCAGCUUAAGCUAUGCAGCCAGUUCUGAAACAUUUGGAUCAAGCAGCCUGGCUGGUCUUCAUUCCUUGAACAAUGUGCCACCAAGUCCAGUAGUUUUCCUGCAAACAGCCCCACAAAUCUCACCAUUUAUCCACCACCAUGGUCAGCAGGUACCAUACUAUCUGGAAACUGAACAGAGCUCCUUCGGUGUAAGAGAAGCAGCACCAACAACAUACUAUAGGUCGGGUUCAGACAACAGACGUCAACUUGGAAGAGAACGAAUAUCUUCAUCUAAUGAUAAGGGAACAGCACCAAUGGAGUCCAGUAAGGAGACUCGAUAUUGUGCAGUUUGCAGUGACUAUGCAUCUGGGUAUCACUAUGGAGUGUGGUCAUGUGAAGGCUGCAAGGCUUUCUUCAAAAGAAGUAUACAAGGCCAUAAUGACUACAUGUGUCCCGCAACCAAUCAGUGCACUAUCGACAAGAACAGAAGAAAGAGCUGUCAAGCCUGUCGACUUCGCAAAUGCUAUGAAGUAGGGAUGAUGAAAGGGGGAAUCAGGAAAGAUCGUAGAGGAGGACGCAUGAUAAAACACAAACGUCAAAAAGAUGAACAGGAUCAGAAGAAUGAUGUAAACACAUCUGAAAUAAGGACAGCAUCCAUUUGGGUGAACCCAACUGUUAAAAGCAUGAAACUGAGCCCAGUAUUGUCUUUGACAGCAGAACAGCUAAUCAGUGCCUUAAUGGAAGCUGAGCCACCGAUAGUUUAUUCGGAGCAUGACUCAACCAAACCUUUCAGUGAAGCCUCCAUGAUGACAUUACUCACAAAUCUUGCAGAUAAGGAGCUGGUGCAUAUGAUUAACUGGGCCAAAAGAGUGCCAGGCUUUGUAGACCUAACUCUCCAUGAUCAGGUUCAUCUUUUGGAAUGUGCUUGGCUUGAGAUUCUUAUGGUUGGUUUAAUCUGGCGGUCAGUGGAACAUCCAGGCAAAUUGUCAUUUGCUCCAAAUCUCCUACUAGACAGGAACCAGGGACGUUGUGUAGAAGGCUUGGUGGAGAUCUUUGAUAUGCUGGUCACCACAGCCACUCGAUUCCGAAUGAUGAGACUACGUGGGGAAGAAUUUAUUUGUUUGAAAUCGAUUAUUCUUCUAAAUUCUGGUGUAUAUACAUUUUUGUCUAGUACCUUAGAAUCUCUAGAAGAUACAGACCAAAUUCAUUUGAUUUUGGAUAAGAUUAUAGACACAUUGGUUCAUUUUAUGGGUAAGACUGGACUUUCCCUUCAGCAGCAGCAAAGAAGAUUGGCUCAAUUACUUCUUAUUCUUUCCCAUAUCAGACAUAUGAGCAAUAAGGGAAUGGAACACCUCUACAGCAUGAAGUGCAAAAACGUCGUACCUCUUUAUGACUUGUUGCUGGAGAUGCUGGAUGCACAUCAGAUGCAUACGCCUAAAGACAAAUUUGUACCUCAAGAAGAAGACAACCAGAACCCUUUAAAUGAUGCAACCACUACGUCGCCAUGCUUACAGGCCUACUAUGUAAAUAGAGAGGAAGCGAGUUUGCAGAGUACAGUAUGAGAGCGUUUUCUACUUACAUUUUUUUAAUUAAUUGGCCUUUAGUGGCCAAGAAAUUCCCAGCAGUAUACUACCUAUAGUCAGUGUAUCACAUCAGCCGCAAAAGCUGCAUAUGUAAACACACUCCGGCAUGUAUCUAUUCCGAAUCAUUUAUAGUGCAGGCCUUCAUAGUCGCUUGCUGUGCUUCACAAGGAAGAGGAACCUUUGCUUUAAUGGGUUCUAUCCAACAAAAUCAAUAUUUUUUGUGAUUAGCUUAUUCGUAAAGCUGUGCACACAUUCAUUUCUUCAGCUUGUAUUUCCUAAAGUGGAGAUAGCAUGGACAGCGGCUGACGCAUUUCACAUCCAGUGUAUUGCAUAGGCUCACACAUACAGUAUAAGCUCUUAUCAAUAAAACAUAUAGCAUUAAGGUAUAUCAUUUACACAACCAUCUUAUCUACUGUUAUGUAAGUGUUUCUAGUUUUCAGUGUUUCUGUAGAUAUUGAUGGCUACUUUUUAUGUACUACUGUAUAUAGGUUCAACCAUCCAUAAUGAUUUCUGGAUCUUUGACUAACAAGUUUGCCAUCUUGCAAUGAAAAUACAGUAUAUUCUUGAGAGUACACAUGGUGCCUAAGAUACAAUGAGAACAUUUUUGUGUAGUCCUCAAGGGCUUGAAAUCAUUAGUUUUGACCAUCACUAGUGGGUCACCAUGGCCAUGAUCCCAACUACUUUUAUUAAUCUUACAGUUUUUUAAAACAAAUCCUAUUCUUUCUUUUUCUUUGCACUGUUUUAUAACACGAAUCUAAACAUGUGUGGCCUUAACUCUGACAGAUCUACUUCAUUUUACAGUUUCAGUUGCUGCCAAUUGUAGACCUUACCAGUGGUUGUGUCCAGCACUAUGCACCGCUCAUAUGAUAUGUAACACUGAAAAAAAAAGUAAUGAAACACAACAGCCUAGCAAGUGAUCAGAUUUGUUGUUAUAGGUGAAAAGUUCACUUUCAUUUGAGAUAGAAUAAGCAAAUUGAUAUCAUGUUUGGUGUUUGCGUUUGGGGAAUUAAAAAGAAAAAUGGACUUAUGGACUUGGACAUUGAAGUUUAUGGGUUGACCAAGUUUAAUAGAUUAAUGAAGAAUCAGUAAAGCAAUUUUAAUUGUUGUCAUACUAGCCUGGAAAACCACAGCAUGGCAGUUGACAACUUGGGUUAUAGAUUAUAAAUGUACAUCACAGUGUAUCUAUAGAUCCCAAAGUAUUUACCAUAGUCAAAUCUAAUUUAAUAUGAAAUGAUUGUAUAGCUGAUUGUUGGCCUAGUAUUGAUCAAUUGUCCAAACUAUGUGCUCUCAUAACUAUAUAUAACUGUGGAAUAGUGUACCUUAAUAAUUCAUCAGUGAAUUGUAAUGAUCCUGUUGUAUUUCUCUACUUUUAAUCCUCGAUCUGCCACAACAUGAGUACUAUAGUAUACACUGUUCCAUACACCCUGAAAUGUUCCACAACUAGGACACCUUGAUUGAAAUCAUGUUAUCCAUUUAUUAAAGAUAUAUUUAAUGUUAUAUGUGAUUGAUUAUUAUAGAGUGAUUAUGUCCUCUGUAAAGAUUUAACCAGUAAUCUAGAGAUUGGGUCAAGGAAGUGAGGAUGAUGUUUUCUUCUAUCAGCCGACAUGACCAGUUCGGCAGCACAGACACCCUGUUUAUCUGUUGGUUCUUUGAAAUCAUCAACUGAAACAUCAAGGUUGAUUUGAGAUCUCUCACCCAUCAUCCAGACCCACAAUGUAAAAUUAUGGGUAGAGUUACCCACUAUCUCUAAUGCCCAAGCUUCAUUUGUGGCCAACUGUAGAAUGAUUCGCAGAGAAGGUCCAGUCUUUGUCUGUGAUCUGUUGAAAUGAUAACUAAUGGUGCAGGAGAAAAUCAGCGGUUACUAACUAUAACCAAAGGGAAUUUUCUAUUUUGAGUGUCGUUUAGAAUCUCAAUAGUGGGAAUUAAUUAUGUCCCUAAUUGUGAUUUAGCUAUGCACCUUAUAUAUGCUAUCAGUGGUGUAUCCAUUGCACUAUUAUUAAAGCAUAGGUGAAGUUGACAUUAACUUGAUGCUGCUUAAUUCCAGUGGGGAGAGGCACGAAUUUCUGGGGACAGUAACUGAACCUGGCCCAGCUCGAAAAAAAACACAUUUCAAUAAUCCAUGACACUAGGUCUCCCCUGAACUAUCACCACCUAAAAGAAUCAUAUACUCAUCAUAUGCUAUGAAUAUUGUAACUAAACUACUGUAUUAUUAAUGCAACCUUGCACUAUCAGUGAAUGUAAAAUUAGUACUAGAAGAAAUGGGGGUUGAUGCCCUGCAAAUGCACUACCUUAUCAUAAUAGAUUAAAUUAUGAACUUUUUAUUUGUCAACAAUAAAGGGGUGGAUGUCCAUUAUGUGUUUUUUGCACAUAAAUCAGCAAAAUUGGAUUGUACAUGAUCCAACUACUAUGCAACAGUAAAAAUGAUAUUAGGAAAAUUUUAGAUUUUGUGCAGGAAAGGGUGGUUUUUCAGCCCCCCCCCCCCCCCCCCUUCCCCCAGACACACACACACACAUACAGUACCUGUAAAGUAAAGCUUACUUACCUGCUUCUGGAGCUGUCUCCCCACUGCUUCUCCUCCAGACUUGCCAUGUUCUGCUGGGCUCCCUCGCUAUAAACAUCCAGAUUCCCUUGCGUCUUCUGACCAUUUGUCUUGAUGUCAGGGAAGCCGGUCACUGCCACAGCCUGUGAUUGGCUGCAGGCGGCUUCAAACCGGAUGUUUUCAGCGAUGGCGCCCAACUGAGCAUCUCAGGUCAGGAGGAGAAGGAGCUUGUUGAACACCCCUCCCCCCCCCCCCCCAUUCUUGCACAACCCCUUUAAACCCUUAUACUAUUCUUUGGGGAUUCAAAUCUGCAUUCCAUACCACACCCUUGAAAUCUUACAAGGCAUUGCAUAGACUCUCUUAGGGUCUGUAGUGAUUAGUUUCUAUUUAUGCUCAUGUAGCAUCUCUAAGUUUGUCACCUAACUCCAAAGUUUGUCACCAAAACCAAAGUUUGUUUUGAGGAAGCUCCAUGCACAUGGCAAAAACAUGGUGAAAGACUUCUGUAGCCUUUGUAUGAAGUCUAAAGCAUAUGCUUCAUUUGUUUGCAAUUGUCUAUAAUGUAAUUGUAUUGCACUACUCGAUAACCACAGGAACUUGUGAACUGAGCCAAUAUCAGCCCUCAAAACUUUUCUGAAUUUUCAGCUUUCUAAACGUGGCUAGCUAUAAGUUAGCAAUCAGUGAACCAGCAAACAAAUGAUGUAUGAUUUACAUUUACAUAUAUAAUAUUUUCUAUAUUAUCACAUAGUCAUAUCUAUAAGCAUGGUUGAUAGUACAAAAAAAGCACCUUUUGUAACUGAGAUGGGUUUUUCAUCCCAUUAGACGAUUGAAUGUAUUUCUUAUACGGUGUCACAUAAUUUCUAUAAACCAAAACUAUAGGUAUUGAUUGAAUGUUGCAUGUGCAAGUAUUUGUACCUUUUAAUUUUACUUUAUAAGUUUAAAGCGUAAAAAAAAAAAGAUAAAAAGAUAAAGAUAAACUUGUCUUCAAAAGAGGUUUAGAUUACUUUUAAUAUGAUUUGUUUUACUUAAAGGGGUUUUGCCACUUCCGCAAAUAGCAUUUAUUAUGCAGAGAAAGUUUCCAUGGUAACGACCACCCUGCAGUCCAGCAGCAUGGCUAUGCUUGUACACUAUAGAAAUAAGUACCAGCUUACGUGCGGUCCCAAAGUCCCGGCCACCAGAUAGGCUGGCAUUUUCUUUUUAUAGUGUGCGAGCACGAGCACCACUGCUGGAUUACAGGGUGGUUGUAACCAUGGAAACAAGCAAUGUGAUUGAAAAAUGAAUCCAGCCAGCGAAGGAAGCAAUAUGGACAAUCACAAUACAUUAAUAAGUGCCUUGUAUUAACCUUCUCUACAUGAUAAAUGCCUCUUGCUGAAGUGAGACCUCCCCCGGUCAACAAUCAGUGAUUGAGAGCUAUGUACAUAUGUAUACACAUUUAGGCCUCAUGCACACAUUUUUUACGGAUCAAAUGUGGACCCAUUCAUUUCUAUGGGGCUGCAAAAAAAUGUAGACAGCACAUGAAUGUUAUAUGUGUGCU